UAUGCGGAGAAGUUCAGAUUGAAUUUACAAAACUGAAGUAUGUAUCUGUUGUGUGUGAGCAAUUUCAUGUGACUGUUUGAGUUUACUGAAAGCUUCAUAUAUGGGCAACGGAACUUUGAAGUUUUGACAUUAUUGUCGUAAAAUAUCGUCAUGCUAUUAACAAGAACAAGUAUGCAAUAACUAUUGCAAUUCAUUUAAACAUGUAUUGUAACCAAUUGUGUACACUGCCAAGUUUGCAGGCCUAGUAACAUUUAUUAAUUGUCCCAUCGAAUCAUGGCUCUACGUCGAAAGAAAAACUUGAAACUGCAAGUCUCCGAAGGGACUCCUAUGCCCGUUACUCCGCCAAGAAAUCUAGAUAAGAGGACUACUAUAACAAUCGGAGAAAGUACAUUUGUAGUAGAAGCAGAUGAUUUAGAAACUAUCUGUAUUCUGGGACGUGGAGCGUACGGUAUUGUGGAUAAAGUACGACACAAACAAAGCGGUACCAUUAUGGCGGUCAAGAGAAUAACGGCAACAGUUAAUACGCAGGAGCAAAAAAGAUUGCUUAUGGAUUUAGACAUAUCUAUGCGUAGUUCAGCCUGCCCGUACACGGUACAAUUUUAUGGAGCAUUAUUUAGAGAAGGCGAUGUUUGGAUCUGCAUGGAGGUUAUGGAUAUGAGCCUCGAUAAAUUUUAUACAAAAGUGUAUAAACAUGACCGUGCCAUUCCUGAGGAUAUCUUAGGAAAAAUUGCUUUCGCAGUAGUCAGUGCAUUGCAUUAUUUGUAUUCGCACUUACGUGUGAUUCAUAGAGAUGUAAAGCCUAGUAAUAUUUUAAUUAACCGGAAAGGAGAAGUAAAAAUUUGUGACUUUGGUAUUUCUGGUUAUCUCGUAGAUUCUGUUGCUAAAACAAUCGAUGCUGGUUGUAAACCAUAUAUGGCUCCAGAAAGGAUAGACCCGUCGGGUAACCCUUCACAAUACGACAUCAGAUCUGAUGUUUGGUCAUUAGGUAUAUCUCUUGUUGAAUUAGCAACAGGAAAGUUCCCUUACGAAUCUUGGGGUACACCUUUCGAGCAACUCAAACAAGUGGUAAAAGAUGAAGCACCGAAAUUACCAGCUGACAAAUUUUCUGCUAAUUUCGAAGAAUUUAUUGAUAAAUGUUUAAUGAAAGAUUAUUCACGCCGUCCGAAUUACAAUCAGUUACUGGAGCUUAAUUUUAUCACAGAACACGCUACAAAAACCACAAAUGUUGCUGAUUUUGUUGGAGAAAUUUUAGACUUACCUGAAGACGAGCAGCCUGUGUAGCAUACAACUAUUUUUGACAUGAUGUACCACAUGACCUGUAAUGUAACUUCGUAUUGUGUAUCGAAGUUAUUUAAUCGAUUUUCUAUAUCCAGUUUUAUGAAUCGUAUCGUUGAGUCAUCCGAGCGACCUAUGUGAAUUUCAAUCUACCGUUAAAAGAGAGGAUACGUAGAACUUUUGUGCAAAAAAUUCCCAUCAACAGUUCAUUCUUUUUUUCAUUUGUUCAAUAUGAAAUUUCAACAUGAUUCUUCAUAUUAAUCCUCCUGAGAGAAACUAAUAGAUAUUCUACAAUAAAGAAGUAAAGAGAGAGAGGGAGACAGAGAGAGAUGUGUAAAUAUAUGCAAAUAUUUUCUACGUGAUGUAACAAUAGUUUGUCACUGUAGCAAUAUAGGGAAGUUCAAAUUAAAAAAAAAAAAAACUUUACUUGAUCAUUGCGUAGUACUGUACACACAAGUCGAGAUGUAAUCGCUAGCGGAACAUAAUUAUGCAGUAAUGCACCUGUAAUAAAAAGGUUAUACUCUA